AUGGACGUCAACCAAGUGCUUGAGAAUACCUUUUCCCCAGAUGCCGCCAUUCGAGGAGCUGCUGAACAACAGCUGACACAAGCUGCCGAGACCAAUUUCUCCGGAUACCUCGUCACGCUCGUUCAAGAGCUUGCAAAUGAAGAAGCCCAAGGUCCCGUCCGAGCAGCAGCCGGUAUUGCACUGAAGAACGCCUUCACCGCGCGGGAAUAUGCACGAUUACACGAUCUGCAAGAGAAAUGGGUCCAACAAGAUUUGGAAACGAAGAAGCGCGUCAAGGACCUGACUCUACAGGCUCUUGCCUCCAGCACCGCACAAGCCGGGCAAGCAGCAGCUCAAGUUGUCGCGUCGAUAGCCGCCAUCGAACUCCCACGCGAACAAUGGCCGGAGCUCAUGCCGAGUCUGGUGCGAAAUGUUGGAGAGGGCGGUGAUCAUCUCAAGCAGGCUUCUUUGACUACUAUUGGGUUUAUCUGUGAGAGUCAAGAUGCCGACCUUAGAUCGAGUCUUGUUCAACACUCCAACGCGAUCCUGACCGCUGUCGUACAAGGGGCACGAAAGGAGGAGCCGAAUCCGGAAGUCCGCCUGGCUGCCAUAUAUGCGCUUGGAGACUCUUUAGAGUUUGUGGAGAGCAACUUUAAGAAUGAGGGCGAGCGAAACUACAUCAUGCAGGUCAUUUGCGAAGCUACACAAGCCUCGGAUUCCAGGAUACAGCAGGGUGCCUUCGGAUGUCUCAACCGAAUUAUGGCCCUUUACUAUGAGCUUAUGUGCUUCUACAUGGAGAAGGCUCUCUUUGGGCUCACCAUUAUGGGCAUGAAGAGCGAGGAGGAAGAUGUUGCGAAGCUUGCAGUCGAGUUCUGGAGCACGGUUUGCGAAGAAGAGAUUGCCAUUGAGGAUGACAAUGCACAAGUCGAGAAUACAGAUCAGAUGCGUGAAAUCUUCCACUUCGCUAAUGUUGCAACAAAGGAAGUUGUCCCUGUUCUUCUUCACCUUUUGACCAAGCAAGACGAAGAUGCAGCCGAUGACGAGUACAACAUCUCAAGAGCUGCUUACCAGUGUCUGCAACUUUAUGCUCAGGCUGUCGGGGGAGGUGUUAUCCAACCGGUCUUGGCGUUUGUUGAGGCCAACCUCCGUCAUGAAGACUGGCAUAAUCGUGAUGCCGCUGUAUCUGCUUUCGGUGCUAUCAUGGAAGGUCCGGAGGAGAAAGUCAUUUCGCCAAUUGUUAAGCAAGCACUUCCAGUUAUCAUCAAGAUGAUGGAAGAUCCUGUCAUCCAUGUUAAGGACUCAACAGCAUAUGCUCUUGGACGUAUCACCGAAGCAUGCUCAGAUGCAAUUGACCCGACUCUCCAUCUUCCACAACUGAUCAAGUCACUCUUCGAGGGCCUGAUCAGCAGCCCUAAGAUGGCAGGAUCCUGCUGCUGGGCUCUGAUGAACCUGGCGGAGCGAUUUUCCGGCGAGAUUGGAUGCCAACAAAACCCUCUCACACCUCAUUUCAAUGAGAGCAUCACACGUCUUCUCCAGGUCACUGAGAGACCGGAUGCGGACAACCAACUGCGAACUGCUGCGUAUGAAGUACUUAACACCUUCGUCCAAAACGCUGCAAAUGAUAGCUUGCCUGCUGUUGCAUCCUUGUCGGACGUCAUCAUCAAGCGAUUGGAGGAUACCAUCCCUCUCCAGACCCAAGUCGUCAGUGUCGAGGACAAGAUCACACUUGAAGAGAUGCAGACCAGCCUGUGCACUGUGCUCCUGGCAAUCAUCCAACGUCUCGAGAAGGAAAUCGCACCACAAGCCAAUCGCAUCAUGACCAUCUUGUUGCAGAUCCUUGCUACUGCUGGUGCCAAAUCAAGUGUUCCCGAUGCUGUUUUCGCAACAGUCAGCAGCUUGGCCAAUGCUCUGGAAGAGAACUUCGCUGCUUAUAUGGAAGCCUUCUCACCAUACCUCUACAAUGCUCUCGGCAACCAGGAAGAGCCAGGAUUGUGCUCAAUGGCAAUUGGUCUCGUUAGCGAUAUAACUCGUUCAAUGGGUCCAUUGAGUCAGCCAUAUUGUGACACAUUUAUGAACUAUCUACUGAACAAUUUGAGGAGUACGGCUCUUGCCAAUCAAUUCAAGCCUGCGAUUCUUCAGUGCUUUGGGGAUAUUGCUGGCGCAAUUGGAGGCCAUUUCGAGACUUACCUAUCGGUUGUCGCUCAGGUCCUUCAGCAGGCUGCUGGUGUUCAAGCCAGCCCCGAUGGAUCAUAUGAGAUGUUCGACUACGUUAUCUCGUUACGUGAGGGAAUCAUGGAUGCUUGGGGCGGAAUCAUUGGUGCCAUGAAGACCGAUGGCAAGACCGCUUUGCUGCAACAAUACGUCGAAUCGAUCUUCUCUCUUCUCAACAUCGUCUGGCUAGAUCAGAAUAGGAGUGAUGCUCUGAUGCGAGCUUCCAUGGGUGUUAUUGGUGACCUUGCUGAUGCUUUCCCUCAUGGAGAGUUCGCCGCCUACUACCGCGCAGAGUGGCUUACCCAAAUGAUCAAGGAUACUCGCCAAAACCGCGAAUUCCAAGCCCGAACCAUCGAUACGGCACGUUGGGCCCGUGAGCAGGUCAAGCGCCAAAUCGGCGGAUCUCAAGGCAUUCAGCAAACUUGA